CUCAUCAGCACCUCAUCCAUAUUAACAGUCACCUCAGCAAAAUGGACUACGGCGACGACGACGACGACGACGAGUUUCUUUACGGAUCAUCAGCAAAGCGGCAGAGACUAGAAAGCAAAGAAGAUGCUACCGCGCCAGAGGACGAGGAUGAACAGGAUUAUGAGCCUGCUGAGCCCGCUGAGCAUGAAUCGGCAGGGAAGGAAUUAAAGCAGGAAGCAGAUGUGAAGAAGGAGGAAGAUGCAGAGGAGCAGGAGGGUGAAGGGGGCGAUGAGGACGAGGACGGUGAAGAUGAUGAAGAUGACGACGACGAUUCGGACAUUGAAUUCGUGAUUGAAGCAAAACCCGGACAGGAAGUCGAGGCGCCGUCCGGAAGAUCAGGCUACACCAUCAAAACCCCACAGAAAGAAGACGCAAAGCCGGGGACAGCGCAAAAAACAGGCCUUGUCGAUCUCGACAAAGUGCCAGAGCUCGACGGCGUGCCAAUCACCCAGGUCGAUCUUGAUUCGCUCGAAGACAAGCCGUGGCGGAAGCCGGGCGCGGAUAUCACUGAUUACUUCAACUACGGGUUUGAUGAGUUUUCGUGGACGACGUAUUGUCUGCGGCAGGAUAAGCUGAGGGAUGAGUAUGAUAGUAAUAAGCUUAUGGCUCAUAUGAUGCAACAAAUGCAACAAAUCCAGCAACUACAAAUGACAAUGCCAUACCUUCCGCAACCACCACCAGAUCUCUUCACAAACCCGAACCAGCAACAACCCAGCUCACACCUCCCCGCCGGCCAACAGCAACAACAGCAGCAGCAGCAGCAACAACAACAGCAGCAGCAAGCACAACAGCAACAACAGCAGCAGCAGCAGUCUCAGACCGCACAGACGCAGCAGGCUCAGCAGGCUGUGCCGCCGUCGGGACCGUCUGGUGGAGGUGGACAGCAGGGGAAUGGGUACGGUGACUAUGGAGGCGGGUAUGGAGGGUAUGGACAGCAGGGAGGGAAUGGCUACGGGGGAUAUUACAGAUACUGAGUAGAUAAAAGAGGUGUUGUUGUAUUGUAUAAUAGAAAUGUAAAUGUGCAUGAUUGUCA